CGGCUUUCAUUUGCCGUAAUACUGUAUUGUAUUUCGCUCUGCUCGUGCACAGCUCUCCAUCAUGCCGAAACCCAAGCGGCAACUGACCGGCGUGGCGAAGGACAAGUACAGGAUCCCCAAGGAAGAGAUCUUGUACCUCAAGCGGGUGAUCUUCGACAUGGAGAACAACCGGAGCCGCUUGCAGCAAGCCAGGGAGCAUGCGCAGUACCACGAUACCCCACUGUCGUGGACCCAUGUGGCGGCCGCCCUCAAAGCGGACAUGCUCGAUUUGUCGUACGUGAACCGAGGUCUCAAGAAGUCCAUUCAGAUGCAUACCCAGACGGCGAACUUGUUGUCAUUGUGGGUGUCGCAUCAGUCUCUCCACGCACCAAAGCCGACUACCACCCGCGAGACAUGGCAGAGCAGUCACUUGAUGCUGGGCGACCCAGCGCUCCGCAAGACAGCGUGCGAGUGGAUCUCCAAGCAAAUGGUUCACAACACCCCCCAGGCCAUGGCCGACAUUCCGUUCCCUUUCGACGCAGACGACCAGAUCCACGUGCACGUCCUCGACGACGACGACGGCGUUGUGCGCACCAAGGUCAUGGCUCAGUUCAUGCUGCCCUUUCCGCGGGACCAAGUCACGAACGCAGUAUGGACGGCCGAAGGAUCCUUCUGCGCCACCCAGCUCGACGUGUUUGACUGCAACACGUACAUUUGGGAUGCCCGGAUGACGUACGUCAAGGAAGACGUGGGCCACGGCCCCCGCCGCAUCCAGCUCAAGACACUGAGCUACCUCAGUUCAACAACGUCUGACGAAUCGAUUAUGACGCUGCGCACGAUCGUCCAGGACGACGCACACCCGACGGACAAGAAGACGUGGCUCAUGGAAACCAAGAUGUGGAUCGUCAUGGAGCAGUGGGGGCCUCAAUAUACCCGCGUGCGGACCUUCUUCACCAUGACUCAGCCUUUCACGAAGCGAGGGUUUGUAUCGGUCGAAGAGUACGCUCGUUUUCAACGGAACGUUCCCAUUGAGUACCCCGUUGAUACGAAAGCACUGCUCCGUCAAGUCAAGCAACGCAGCUACGAUGGACACAUGGAACAGCGGCGGCAGUGGAAGGAGCAUGUCCUUCGAGCGUUGUGGCACCAACAACAACAAAGCUUGCCAUCGACUUGAUCAACGUUAUGAACGUUUGUGUUAGUUUUAUUCGCCUUUAACUUCCAAAUUUGUGUCUAUGGAAUCAAUAUCGAAUCACGCUAGCGU